AUGCUGGAUCGUCUUUCUCUUCGCUUUCUUCACAACCUUUCCCGGGAUGCCUCGAUUCGCUAUGCGUCGGGCAGCAUAGAGGUGGUGCUGGGCUACCAACCUCAUGAAGUUCUCGAUCGCUCGUGCUGGGAGUAUUUCCACCCCCAGGAACUGCCGUUUGCCCGAUCCAUCCAUGGUCGCGGGGUUCGAUUGGAUAAGGCAGCUGUCUUGAAUUAUUGUUCGAUUCGGCAUAAGAAUGGCUCCUGGGUGGGCUGCGAGUGUGUCUUUACCGUGGUGUACGAUGUGUUGAUCGCAAGUACUACUGUUUACGGUCGAGGACAUGGAAGUCAGAAACGCGCUGUUGAUGCGCCUAUCGUCCGCCAGCUCUUCAAUUCGUCGCCCAAUGAUCCUCGUUACCACAUGCUUACAUGGAUAUCCAACAAAUUCUCCCAGCGGUUGACAGAGCCGCUCCACGAGCCCCGCGCAGCCAUGUUUGUGAACCGCUUCACUCGAACUGCGACGAUCAUGUACGCUACAAGCGGAGUAUCAGAAAUCCUGGGCCUCAGUCCCAAUGCGCUCAUUUCCCAGAGCUUUUACUACUGCAUUCAAGAAGAAUGUCUGGGAGAUGCAGUGAGAUGUCUGGAAGGUGCGAAGAGGAACGACUCUAUCGCUUACCUCCGAUUCUGGUUCCGCAACCCUCUCCAAGACGUACAUGGAUCCGGUCUCGGAUUGGAAGCGGCUGGAGCAGUUCCUCCGAUUGAGCUGGAGGCGGUCGUUUCUUGUACCUCAGACGGUCUCGUUGUCAUCUUGCGCCGAGCCCGUGCCCCCAUUCCUGUUGCCCCUGCGGUUCCCGCGGUCCCUGCAGUCCCCGAGCCAGCUCCCGUCUAUACCAAUGGUAUCUUUGCAGCACCGUGGGCCCCUGAGCCGGUCUUCUCUUACGGCACGCCGUCAUACACCCCCUCUCACCCUGCCAUUAUGCGACCAUCUCGCCCAGAGGUGACGGGCACUCUGUGCCGAGAUCCUGCGCCUAGGCAGGCGGUCCACGAAACCCCUCUCCCUGAACAGGUCUCUACUAUGUGCCGUGAUGACAUGGACCGCAGCUCUGGUAGCGCAUCGGACUCCGUGUAUGGCUCUGUGUCCGAACAAGACAAGGCUGGAGGCCCUGGAGAAACAGGUCCUCAUUCGUACCGUCUUAUGGAUACGAUCCGUGAUGUGGCUGUCUUCGCGUGGGGAAUUGUUGGGAUCAAUCGCGGCUUGGAGCAGUACAAGUGUGGAACCCCGACUGGCAACGCUCGGCCAGAGGAUAAGAUGGAUCUUGACGAUUCACGCUAG